CAUCACCGGUGGCGGCGGCAGUAGCGGCAGCAGCCGACCACCGCUUCUCCUGCUUGCGUUGCGCUGCGCUAUUCCGGCAUUCCAUCGCCACAUCGUCAGUCGUCCUGCUGCGGCGCCAGCGAGUGGUGGGUGUUCGCGGAUCGCGCAGCGCUCAAACAGUCGUCACCACGGUGCAUGCGGCUUACACGUUGUUUUUCAAACAAUCUCUGAACGUACACAAUACGACGCGUAUUAAUCACAACACAGAGUUACCUCAUUUUUCUAGUCAACCACCGAAUUAUCGUAACGAAAAAUUAGUUUGUUUAUUUAUUAAUUUAUUCAGAGUUUAAUAUAUCGUGAUAUUAUUUAAUUAUUUUAAUUUGCACUCGAAUUAAAUUCAAGUGAUAUGUUUUAUAUUAUUUAAACAUAGCGACACAUUUUGACUAUUCUCGAGUACAACAGACAUUGGAAAAUCUCUCUUCAUGAAAAAGACAAUGGAGCCGAAAGUUAUCAAGGAGGAAGGGGCCGAGAAGGACUCAUCUUCCAGCGGCAACUUCAUCGAGACACCAAUACGCACUCGAUCUAAAGGAAUACCAAAAGAAAGAUGUAAAACACCCGAUUCACCAGAAGGUGCGCGAUUAGCGCAAGGUCCGCCACCCUCACCAACACAAUCUUCGCCGGCGCGGCAAACGAAUGGCAGCAAUUCGCCGGUCAUCAACGGCUCGGCGGACAGCUUAACACCGCCGCUGCCGGCAUCCACAGCGCUAUCAGUGACUUUAGACACCAGCCCAAAUCUCAUCUACAAUCCAGGCAGUUACACCUCGUGCAUCACACGACCCUUGAUCAAAGUCAAGCGAUUCCUGAGCACCCUAGUGCAGUUCGGCAACGACAUCAGUCCUGAUGUUGGCGAACGCGUUCGCACAUUGGUCUUGAAUUUGGUCAGUUCAAAUUUGAGCAUCGAAGACUUCCAUCAAUCGUUACAAGAUGUGACCAAUUUCCCACUGCGACCAUUCGUCCUGCCGUUUCUUCGCGCACACCUGCCACUUCUACAGCGUGAAAUCCACGCGCUCGCGCGAACCAACAAACAGUCGGCCCUACAGUACGUGCGAACGCACGAUCACGUCGUCCUGGAUCCAGCGCACUCGCCCACGGAACCGUCGGAGAUUUUCUUAUCAAACGAAACACAGAUCGCCGGCUUUAAGAGACGCGCCUCUGACAGCAUAUGUGAAAAUGGUUUGAACGGACAGUCUCACCCUCAUGAUGCCCCGGAAUUUCCGCCAAUUAAACGCCCAUUAAAUUCGCAAAACGCUUCAUUUCUUCUUUCGCACCAAAGUCUCCUGCUGCCGAAUAUAACCAGCGCCGUUCCAAACGCGCACUUCUUCGAUACUGGCCACAACGCUUAUAACGCACAACAUCGUCCUGAAGACAUGGAAUCUUCACGUACUGGCACCCGUGGCGACGAAGAAUGGCGCAGUAUACACGUAAUGCUAAACUGCAUUCUUUCAAUGGUCGAAAAGACCAAACGCGCGCUUACAAUUCUGCAACAACGGAACAACCAAGACCUCACUAGUGAAUGGCUACGCAAACAAGAUGUCGGGGUCGAUUUAAAGAAAGCCGCCAAUGAGAUCAUGUUGCAAGCGGUACGACAAACGGAAGACAGAGUAUCGGAAGUAAAACGGCGCGCUGAGGAGGCUGUCAAUGACGUGAAGAGGCAAGCAGUUCUCGAGCUGCAGAAAGCCGUCGCCACCGCUGAGAGUAAAGCAAACGAACUGGUCGCUGCCGAACGAGCGAAAAUGGAAAAAAUCAUCUCGGACGCCCGCAACAAGCAUUCGGAGGACGCAGGCAACAACCACGUAGGAGACAGCGAAAGUGGCCAGUCAUCGCCGACUAAUACGCAACCUGCUGUACCUUCACAACAGAAUUGCUGUUGGAACUGCGGACGUAAGGCACAUGAAACUUGUUCCGGCUGCAGCCUGGCACGAUACUGCGGUCCGUUCUGUCAGCAUAAGGACUGGGAGAAUCAUCAUCAAAUAUGCUCCAAAGAGAAACUGAAACCGCUGCGUUCGACGACACCGAGCACCACGGCGGCGAACGCCUUAUUGCAGCAGCAGAUUCAACAAUCAGCAUCGAGUCAGUCGGACGCGGCCAAGUUUAAGAAGUGACCCGCGAGGAGGAACCGCAAAUUUAGGCGUUGAGUGAGCGGCACGUAAGUUGUAAGAGUUGUAACCAUCAUCUUUCCUUCGUUGUGCAAUUUCCAUAAGUAACAUAAAUAACUUAACGUGUAAAAUCUUACAUACUAUCAGUACUAACGUUUUUCGUUGCCUCAACCCUGGACUAAUACCAAAGAUAUUACAAGACUUUUAAACUUAAAUAAAAAUCUAACAUUACACAAUUCACAAACCACACAAACAUAAACACAUAAAUAACACAUACAACGGUUUAACGUAACAUAAUUCAGCAGUAAACUUUGAAUAGAUGUUGCAUGUUUGAGUUGUAUGUUUCAUUGUUUUCGGGCAAUAAAUGCUACAUUCCAAACCGAUUGUAUACUAAUUAACUAAAACGCAUUCAUCAGCAUGUUGUAAAGUGAUAAAAGCCGAUUGCGCAAAUACCAUUUAUCACUUUGUAACUGCUGAUUGUAAUGCAAACUAGAGCUAGGUAAUUUUUGUAAUUUAUUUGAAGAGUGCGAGCGAGAUUCAUGAAACGUUCGUCGGUUUAGAAACUGAUCAAUGUUGUUUAAUUAAUGUUUAUAUUAAAUUUGUUAUUUUGUCUUUAAUCUAUAAAAAGAAUAAUUCUGUCUUGAUAUAUUACAAUUAAAUGAUAUAUCUGGUA